ACAUGUGGACGCUUUCCGGAAGCAGCGCGGCGUGUUCUGAUGCUUUGGAAGAUGGCGGCGAUGUUUACGUGUUGUCUCAACUGCUGCGGGGAUGAGGGCUCGGGGCAUAUCCAACUUAAAGAAAUGCCCACUGUUCAGUUAGAUACUCAUCGCAUGGGCACCGAUGUCGUCAUAGUGAAGAGCGGCCGCAGGAUAUGUGGCACCGGAGCGUGCCUGGCCAACGCUCCUCUGCACCAGAACAAAAGUUAUUUUGAAUUCAAGAUCCAGUCUACUGGUGUGUGGGGAGUGGGCGUGGCCACGCAGAAAGCCAACCUCAAUCAAGUGCCUUUAGGCCGAGACUGCAACAGCCUCGUCCUGAGACAUGACGGCUGCGUCGUCUACAACAGCGAAGAGAAGACCCGCCUGCCCGCCAACAAUCUCCCUCAGGAGGGCGACAUUGUGGGCCUCACGUACGAUCACGUGGAAAUGAACUUGUACCUGAAUGGGAAGAACAUGCAUUGUCCCGCGUCAGGGAUAAGAGGCACUGUGUAUCCCGUUGUUUAUGUGGACGACAGCGCCAUCUUGGACUGCCAGUUCAGUGACUUCUACCACACGCCUCCGCAAGGAUUCGAGAAGAUCCUCUUUGAGCAGCAAAUCUUCUAAACGAGCCGUCUUCGUCAUCAUCGUCGUCGUCGUCACCCUCGCACGCCGUGUCACUUCUCUUCUCUUUGAUCGCGAUUGGCUGAUGAUCUCCGGCUGAUGCCCCACCCCCAGUCUCCGCAUAUUUCCGAGUGGGGGGGAACGAUCCAGUCAUGAUGAAUUCGAACUCUAAUAGCAUCCUAAGAUUUCCAAUCUAGGUUUCCCAAAGUGGAUUCUUUCAGGAUCAGAAGCCAUUUCUUGGGAUAUUUCUCUGUGUGUGUGUUUUUGAACAUGUAAUUUGUUUAAAAAGGCCCGCACUGACAUAGAAAUGUAUUUAUUCUAUUCACACAUCCGUCUUAAUUCUUUACUUUUAGUGACUUUCGCGUUGACCUGAGUUUGAGGUUCAUUAUCAAAAACAAGAAACUAUGUAUGGAAGUAAAUAUGUGCCACCAGGAUUUGAAUUUGAAAUGUAAAGUGAUCACAUUAUUAAAUGUAUUUCAGUGAAACUUUUCAUUGCUAACAAUUCAACCGGCUACAAAUCGGUGUCUAAAAUUCACCGUCUGUGCCACCAGGCAGGGUUACUUCAGGUCAGAACCAGUCAGUCACUGGAUAACUGAAUUGUUAACAUUGAAAAGUUACACUGAAAUACAACUAUUGUAAAUUUGAUGACUUUACAUUUCAAAUUCAAAUCCCGGUGGCACAUAUUUGCUUCCAUAAACAUGGCAGUUGUCACUAUGAUUUCAACUGAGGUAAGUUGGUACCUGUCGAGACUGAAAGACAAUUUCCACAAACGACUCCUGUGCCCUUCCGCCUGAUGUGUGUACCUUAACAUUUUAUGGUGUAUUUAUUGUUAAAUAUCAAUAUUAUCAAAAGUGGUGUCACUUGGGUGUGAGGCUGAGCUGCUCUGUGGUUUAUAUUGUUGCAGAUUUGCUGCUGAAGUGUUGACAGUUACGUUUCCAACUACGUACAUACUUGUCUUAGUUUGCACUAAUAAUGUGAUUGUACAAGCAAAUCCGAAUACUGUUGAUUAAACGUUUGUGUCUGCAGGAA